AUGUCAAGUCCAAUAUGUCCUAUGCCGCUAGGCGAGAUAUUCCGAGAUAUACUCGGCAAAGAAAAGGAAACAAAUCCCGUCAAGAAACUCUACAAUGAUGCUUUCAAGGCUGAUAUUGGGAGAUGGAUCGCUGCUUGUGCGGUUAUCGGACUUUCGGCAGGUAUAAUCUCGAAAGAGCCUGGUCAAGGUCUAUUAGCUGCUUCAGCAUAUAAUCUUGCAGUGGGAGCUCUUCACUUCUUUGCUGCCAAGAUACCAGUCAGCCCACAAGGUCUGACAAACCCAAGACCGCCAAUGUGGUACAGCUUGAUAUUGGCUGUCUCAUCCGCAAUGUGGCUAUCCGCUCUUGUCGUCAUGUUUGUCAUGAGAGAGGAUAUCAAGGCCUAUGAAGAAUCACAGCAUGGAAAACGAAGGACGGGCUUUGUUGGAGAGGUUUCCACAGGUGCGAUAGCCAUGUUGGAUAACCUUGCUAUUGCUUGUGGUUGCUUUGGAGUUUGUGCAUUUUUGUUUUGCUUAUACCAAUGGUUUGUUGUUUAUUAUCUGCAUUCGACUAGGUUUACGAAGACGGAGAUGAGAGAGGGAUAUAGAAAGAUUAGGAAGAUCGAUCCCCCAAAGGAUGAGAGUGGUAUCGAGCUUUAA